AAGCCACGUACUAUUGUUGUGAACUUGGCUCUGAUCGCGCUCGUCAUCAUCUGUACGCACGGCGGCGACAGCAGCUCCCGAAUCGGCAGGGACGGAAAUCCCGCCGCUAUUCUCCCUUCAUGCGACGGAGAAACAGUCACAGGGAGCAGACAAAUAUCCGCGGUUCCCCACACUAAAGUCCCCCUGGAAACUCCGAUGGAUUAAUCUGUUUUUUUUUUUAUUUUUCCUGCGAAAGUAGAGAAUGGGCUGUGUCCAAUGUAAGGAUAAAGAAGCAGCAAAACUUACCGAUGACCGAGAGACGAGCGUCUCGCACAACUCGGGGUACCGCUAUGGCUCCGACCCCACGCCGCAGCACUACCCCAGCUUCGGGGUCACCACCAUCCCCAACUACAACAACUUCCACAGCGGCGCCACACAGGGGGUGGCCGUGUUCGGAGGAGUCCACACCUCCUCGCAGUCCGGGACGCUUCGGUCGCGCGGCGGAACAGGGGUGACUCUGUUUGUGGCUCUUUACGACUAUGAAGCCAGGACUGAGGAUGACCUCAGCUUCAGAAAGGGGGAGAGGUUCCAGAUCCUCAACAGCACCGAGGGCGACUGGUGGGAGGCCCGUUCUCUCACUACGGGUGGGACUGGUUAUAUUCCCAGCAAUUAUGUGGCUCCGGUGGACUCGAUUCAAGCUGAGGACUGGUACUUUGGUAAAUUAGGCCGAAAGGAUGCAGAGAGGCAACUGCUCUCUAACAGCAACGCCAGAGGCACCUUCCUCAUCCGUGAGAGUGAAACGACCAAAGGGGCCUACUCUCUCUCCAUCCAGGACUGGGAUGACGUCAAGGGAGACCACGUCAAACACUACAAGAUUCGCAAGCUGGACAGCGGAGGCUACUACAUCACCACCAGAGCCCAGUUUGAGACACUCCAGCAGCUCGUGCAGCACUAUUCUGCCAGGGCUGCGGGGCUGUGCUGCCGACUGAUCGUACCGUGUCACAAAGGCAUGCCUCGUCUGACUGACCUGUCUGUCAAAACCAAAGACGUGUGGGAGAUCCCGCGGGAGUCACUGCAGCUCAUCAAGCGACUCGGCAACGGCCAGUUUGGAGAAGUCUGGAUGGGCACGUGGAACGGCACCACCAAGGUGGCGGUUAAGACCCUGAAGCCCGGCACCAUGUCCCCGGAGUCCUUCCUGGAGGAGGCUCAGAUCAUGAAGAAGCUUCGACACGAUAAGCUGGUGCAGCUCUAUGCGGUGGUGUCCGAAGAGCCCAUUUACAUCGUCACUGAGUACAUGUGCAAAGGGAGUUUGCUUGAGUUCCUUAAAGAUGGAGAAGGACGAGGCCUCAAACUGCCAAAUCUAGUGGACAUGGCAGCUCAGGUGGCUGCGGGCAUGGCGUACAUCGAGAGGAUGAACUACAUCCACCGAGACCUGCGCUCUGCCAACAUCCUGGUGGGAGAAAGUCUGGUGUGUAAGAUAGCCGACUUUGGUCUGGCCAGGCUCAUCGAGGACAACGAAUACACAGCAAGACAAGGUGCAAAGUUUCCGAUAAAGUGGACUGCUCCUGAGGCUGCUCUCUACGGGAAAUUCACCAUCAAGUCUGAUGUGUGGUCGUUUGGCAUCCUGCUGACAGAGCUGGUGACCAAGGGCAGAGUGCCCUAUCCAGGUAUGAACAACCGCGAGGUGCUGGAGCAGGUGGAGCGAGGCUACCGAAUGCCGUGCCCGCAGGACUGCCCCCCGUCCCUGCAUGAGCUGAUGGUGCAGUGCUGGAAGAAGGACCCGGAGGAGAGGCCUACCUUUGAGUACCUGCAGGCCUUUUUGGAGGACUACUUCACCGCCACCGAGCCUCAGUACCAGCCGGGGGAUAACCUCUAAACCGCUGCCCUCACCUCAUGUUGUUUCCUCUACCUACCACCAGAGGGAGCCAAUCUCCACCUAAUCGCUCUCAUCCCGCGGCUGUAACAAUUUAAAGCUCAUUGACUGGCUUCUCGACUUCCAAGCUUCUUACAAACUGGGACAACUGCUGUUUUGACAGUGUACGGACUAUCAAAUCAAAGGAUGAUUUGGAAGUGGGACGGGGCGCUGAGACAACGGAGGGGUUAAAGAUGAACGUGGUGUAACUUGUAUGUAGUGUAAAUACAAUUGCUUGUCUACUUAUCUUUUAUUUGUUUCAUUUUAUAUUACUUUUGAUAUUUUGAAAACGUGUGCAUUUCCCUCUUUUUUUGAAUUCCGAGGUCAAAGUAAUUUCAGAUUUACUGGUAGAGAAACGUGAGGCUCACAGAUAACCGUGACAUAAUAAUUGUAGGAAAGGUAAGAGUUAAAUACAUCUAGAAACGAAGCAUCUCAGAAAUCUUUCUGGGUGUCCACUAACCUUUUUUACAAGGUGACCAUGAGGAUUCUGCUCUCCCUUUCUCAAGGAACUUAGAUGUACUAUAACACCUGUUCUUGCCUUUUAAUGUUUAUUAAUAUUCUUAUACUGUUAGGGAAUGCCUUCAUGCUAUCUAACUCUAACUUAGUGCUUCAUGGACUCUUCCACCCAAACAUGUAUGGCAUCUGCACUAAUACUAGGUGCACUCAUCCCAUUUCAGCUGCUGCCAAUGAGUCCUAGAUCGGCUUAAAGUGACUUUUAGUUCAGCGCCUUGUAGUUGAAAAGCAGGCUUCCGCUCUCUUCAAUUGCAGUUAUUGUUCGGCUGAUUGCUUAUUAUACUGGCAGUAUUUUAAAAUGUGUGUUGCAUUAUUGUAAGGCAGCCGGCUGUGUAAGAAUUUGUGUCUUUUCUCUUGAGCAGCCAAACAACAAACAAACUGCCACUUGACAGGAAGAAGGAAGUUAUCUGUGUUUGUCCCUCAAUAAUGUGUAUCUGGAAAUAAAAUGUUUACGAGACCAAACAUAUUAUUUUGCUAAACAUUUCUAAACUUCUUGUUAAGAAUACAGAAUUCUGUGAUUCCUUUUUCUUUUUUUUCUUUUUUUUACAGAGAAAUCUGCAGCUCUAGAUGAUACAUCAUCCUCAAGCGUCAAACUUCCCACUGUGUGCAUUCCAGGACGAUACGCUAUUUCUACGCGUAUUUAAGUUGCUUUUUACUUGUGGAAAAGUGAGCAAAAAAGUUUUUGUAUAAUUUUUUUCCCCUUGAUUCAGUAGAUAAACAGAACAUGUUUUGGUCUCUACAUUAUUUAUUGUCUGUCUGUUAUUGUACACAUCUUGGUUUAGUUUUGAAAUAAACAAUCUUUCCCCCACCA